UCUAGUAUUUUUUUUCUUUUGGUGUUAUUCUGAGCAAACAGUAAACAUGCAUGACGUGGUGUUUGAAGAAGAGCAAGUCAAGUUCAGACGUGUCGGCAGCCUGGGCUCAACAAUGUACGCACUUUAAACUUUACACCUGCACUUUGUUGCUUUCACAUUUAUACUCGUAUUUUACGGCUGGUUGACAUGUCGCGCUGACAAACUCUAGUCGGUUUCGAUUGCGCGUGGAGAGCAUGUGAAGUGAGCUGACUCAGACAUGGAGGCACCUGAAGCACACUCGGAGACCACAGAGGGCUGUUUUCUCAGGGCUUUCUCGGCUCUAACUGUGGACGAUGUGUACGAUAUAGCCAAAUUGAUCGGUACCGAGGUGGAGAAACUUAUCGAUGGCUGUGGCAAAGAGAGCGUCGUGGGUCUGGUGCCGAAAAUAGUGAAAGUGCUCGAGCUGCUGGAGAGCUUCGCCUCGAGGAACCAUGCUCACAAGCUGAGGGAAGAGGAGCUGCUCAAGACUUUCGAGACGAUACAGCUGCAACAGCAGAAGAAACGUGUGGGCAAGGAAAGCGACGAAGGCUGUGAUAAAAAUGAAAUACGGCAGGAACUGCAGCAAAAGGAGCAGCAGUGGAUGAGGAGGUGUGAGGAGCUGCAGGUCCAGGUACAGCAGCUCCAGGACGACAGGGAGGAGCUACAGAGCAGGCUGAAGGGCAGCCAUGCACAGGAAGAUCGUGUCCAGCGGCAGGAGCGAGAGGUGAUGCUGAAACUGAAGGAGGUGGUGGACAAGCAGAGAGAUGAGCUGAGAGCGAAAGUCCAGGAAAUAACCACCAUCUCCAAAGAGGCGGAGGCGCUCCAGGAGCAGUUGGUGCGCUUCAUGAAGAUGAAUGCAGAGCUGCUACACAAGCAGAACGUGCUGCAGGCCCAGCUGAAGAGCACCGUGGAGAGGAAGGCCGACAUGGAGGCAGACCUGAAGGAGAAAAACAAAGAGAUAGAAAACCUCCAAACACAGCUGGACAGAACCAACAGCAGUGGGCCUUCCAGUCCAAGUCAAACAGCCAGUGAGACCAAGAAAAAGUCGAAGGUUGACCAGAAGGACCCCGAUCAGCCGUGCUUCACCAAGAAGGAGGUGCGUGACAUCAUUUUCGAGAGGAACGAGCUUAAAACCAACCUCUUCCUGGUGCAGGAGGAGCUCAACUACUAUCAGAGGGAGAUCCUGAAUGAGGAGAGGUGUCCAGGUUUCCUUUUGGAAGCCGUCCGCUCUGCCAUCAAAAAAAGGAGAAAGCUCAUUAAGGCAAAGAUGCUCGGGAUUCCUUCGAAUGAAUGCAGCAGCAGUGACGAGGAGGAGAGGAGUUCUCUGUUUGGGCAGACAGAAGUAGACGGCACUGAAGUUGACAGCUCUGACAAACCACCUGAGUCACGCAUUCGAAACCUCUUCGGCUUCCUGACGAGGUCGGGAAGCGGUCGGAGCCCCACCCACAUGAGCAACUCCGCCUCCACCUGGGAGAUCAUCGAAGACUCAGAGGCCGCUGACGAGACGGGGCAGCGAUCGUCCCCCUGAGCCUGGUACUCACCACAGAGUUCACCCUUCUUCCCUCAGAAACAACUUCUUCCUCAGCUUGUGGUUGAAAAUGUGGUUGUGGCUCUGGGAAAAGAUUACAAGGACAUUUUGAACGCAGCCAGUGUCUAGAACACAAAAGCACUAUGAGAGAGGGAGGAAAAGAGAAAGUGUGAACGCUUUUCAACUAACUUUUUUAGCUUCAUUUCGAUCAUAAAUACUUUCAUUUCCCCUUUUUGUUUGUUUCACUCUUAACUCAAGUCCCCUUAUUUUUCCAUAGAAGUGAUGAAUAUCUAUUUAUAGUAUACUAGCUCUACAGUAUAUAUGGUACAGUGUACCGCAGUAUUAAGAGGGACUUUUUAACUCAUCACAAAAAAGAUACCUACUUUUGUAUGAUUCAUAUUGUCCUUCAUCGUGAGGAAAGUGGAAAUAUUUAUAUCGAACCUCAAAUAUUUUUUACACAAACCAAAGACAUCACAAAGGUAGACAUUCUCCCCUUCAGGAAUAUUGAAAAGAGUAUAUUAAAUUCACCUCUGUUCCAUAAGAGGGCAUUGGUUCAUUUUAAAUCCAACAAUCAAGAUUUUACCACAAAUUUAUUAUAUGACCUUUACCUCAGUAGGGGAAUUCUUGAGCCAUGUGUUUACUUGUUUACAAAGGACAACAAACGAAACCUGUAAUCAUAUUACCAUUCACUUCCAGGAGUGAGUGCAUUUUAAUCCCUUAAGCCUUAACUCACCGCUUGUAUUGUUAAAAAUAUAUAUUUUCUUAAAUGUCAGAGAGUCAAAGCCUUUGGCUGGUGUGUGUUUCGAUGCUGAUGCCAUAAAUGUGCAUGUGAAUAUGUGUGCACAUGUAUUGUGGCUGAUGUGCCAGCCUCUGCAGAUUGGUGACUUUUAAUUAGUAGUACAUUUAGUUACCAUAAAGUAAUCACUUUGAAUCUGUGGGGUCCCUCUAAGCUGACCACAACACUGCUCUGACAAUGACAAACCAGCGGUGUAUUUGUUGAAAGACAAUGUACGACCUUCCAAUCAGAUCAUGUUUUCCUAAAAUUCCCAAUUUAUUUUUGUUGUUGCUGACAAAAAAAACGAUUUAAGAUUGAUGAAAUGUAUAAAAAAAUUCAAAAUGUGUUUUUUCUGUGAUAUCGAGAUUUCAAUCCAUUAAACACAGAAUUCUUAAAAAUCCAAA